GGGUUUGUCCUGCAGUCCUUACUACCCCCUCUUUCUCUCUCUGUCUCUGCCUCACUCUAUGUCCCCUCCCCUCUUCCAAACAGGGCAUUUCCCUAACUUUUCUCUUUUUCUCACAAGGCUAUAGUUCAAUAUUCCAUUCUGGGGCACAUAUCCUGUCUGAAAUUCCGACUCUAGGCUCCUCGACGACAAGGCACUCCGAUUGUUGCAAGCCCCUACUCUGGAGUGCACACCAGGACUUGGUUUGAAACCAGGUCUAGAUCCCUCUGCUCAGCCUGGGUCCAUACGGUGAACAGUCAGAGAGUGAGUGGUAAAACGGAAGUGCUACGGUUGGAGGGAUAGCCAGACCGACCAAUGGGAUCACGGAAGCUGGCUCAGGUGCUGCUGGGAUGGGCAGCGGUGUGUCUUUCGGCGGUCCAUGUGGCUUGUGGUCAAACCGGGGACGGGCCGUACCAAGCUAGCCGAUUCACUGGCACUGUGGACCAGAGAGAGGUGCAGCGGGUUCGACGCCGUGGCCAGGAGACACUGAGAGGGCCCAAUGUGUGUGGCUCUCGCUUCCAUUCAUACUGCUGUCCGGGCUGGAAGACUCUGCCGGGAGGGAACCAGUGUAUUGUUCCAAUUUGCAGGAAUUCGUGUGGCGAUGGCUUCUGUUCCAGACCCAACAUGUGUACCUGUUCAAGUGGCCAGCUCUCUCCCAGCUGUGGAGCAGGAGCAGGAGUUCAGUCCUGUAACGUCAGGUGUAUGAAUGGAGGCAGCUGCGCAGAGGACUCGUGCUCCUGCCCGAAGGGCUACACAGGCAGCCACUGUGGACAGCCUGUGUGUGAGAACGGCUGCCAGAACGGUGGGCGCUGCAUCGGGCCCAACAGAUGUGCCUGUGUCUACGGUUUCACUGGCCCGCAGUGCGAGAGAGACUACAGGACUGGGCCAUGUUUCACCCAGGUCAACAACCAGAUGUGUCAGGGCCAGCUCAGUGGAAUUGUCUGCACUAAAACUCUCUGCUGCGCUACCAUUGGUCGAGCGUGGGGACACCCCUGUGAGCAGUGCCCUGCCCAGCCACACCCCUGCAGGCGAGGCUUCAUCCCCAACAUCCGCACUGGAGCCUGCCAAGAUGUGGACGAGUGCCAGGCAGUGCCAGGUCUUUGUGCCGGAGGUAACUGCAUCAACACUGUGGGAUCCUACGAGUGUAAAUGUCCCGCUGGCCACCGUCAGAGUGAAACCAGCCACAAAUGUGAAGAUAUUGAUGAAUGCAGCACCAUCCCUGGUGUAUGUGAUGGAGGAGAGUGCACCAACACUGCUGGUAGCUAUGUCUGCACCUGUCCACGAGGCUACAUGUCCAGCACAGAUGGCUCCAGAUGUGUGGAUCAGCGUAUGGGCACCUGUUUCUCUGCUCUGGCUAACGGCCGCUGUGCUGCGGAGCUGAGUGGUCAGUACACCAAGAUGCAAUGUUGCUGUGACACAGGACGCUGCUGGGCUUUGGGACAGAUCCCUGAGACGUGCCCUGUCAGGGGAUCUGACCAGUUCAGGCGUCUGUGUAUUGUGGGUGUUCCCCAAGGACAUGGUCUCCCUCAUGUCUACCCCAACGGACAGUUCCCCAACAGCAACGGUAACGGGUUUAAUUAUGGAUACAAGUUCCCCAGUGUACCUAAUGGAAACGGUAAUGGAGGCAUUGGUGGCAAUGGAGGAGGAAGCUUUGGAGGUAAUGGAGGAAGCUUUGGAGGCAAUGGAGGAGGACUUCAGACCCACAGACAUAUAGACACGGUUCGUGAGAACAACACCAUUGAUGUGUGCAAACAUUUCACCAACCUGUGUCUGAAUGGACGCUGCAUUCCCACACCCACGAGCUACCGCUGUGAGUGCAACAUGGGCUACAGACAGGAUGUUCGUGGGGAGUGUAUCGAUGUAGAUGAGUGUAUGAGUAAUCCAUGUAUCAAUGGAGACUGUGUCAACACACCUGGAUCGUACCAUUGCAAGUGCCAUGAGGGCUACCAGGGAACCCCGACAAAACAAGCCUGCAUUGAUAUUGAUGAGUGUAUUGUGAAUGGAGUGAUGUGUCGCAAUGGCCGCUGUGUCAACACAGAGGGAAGCUUUCAGUGUAUCUGCAAUGCUGGAUUUGAGCUCACUCCUGAUGGAAAGAACUGCAUUGAUCACGACGAGUGUGCCACCACCAACAUGUGUCUGAAUGGCAUGUGUAUCAAUGAGGACGGCAGUUUUAAGUGUAUCUGCAAGCCCGGCUUUGCUUUAGCACCUAACGGACGCUACUGCACCGAUAUUGAUGAGUGUCAGACACCUGGCAUUUGUAUGAACGGCCGCUGCAUCAACUCUGAGGGCUCCUUCCGCUGCGAGUGCCCUCCAGGCCUGGCUAUUGAUGUAGAUGGGAGAGUGUGUGUGGACACACACAUGAGGACCACCUGUUACGGCGCCAUAAAGAUGGGCACAUGCUCGCGGCCGUUCCCUGGCGCAGUGACCAAGUCUGAAUGCUGCUGUGCCAAUCCUGAACAUGGCUUUGGGGAGCCUUGCCAACCCUGCCCCUCCAGAAACUCAGCUGAGUUCCAGGCUGUAUGCAGCAGUGGUAUUGGCAUUACAGCUGAUGGCAGAGACAUCAAUGAGUGUGCCCUGGACCCGGACAUUUGUCAGAACGGCAUAUGUGAGAACCUGAGAGGAAGCUACCGCUGCAUCUGUAACAUCGGUUAUGAGUCUGACACAAGCGGCAAAAACUGUGUUGACAUCAAUGAGUGUCUGGUGAACCGUCUGCUUUGUGACAACGGUCUGUGCAGAAACACCCCCGGCUCCUACACCUGCUCCUGUCCUAAAGGAUUUGUCUUCAAACCCGACUCAGAGACCUGUGAAGAUAUCAACGAAUGUGAGUCCAACCCAUGCAUCAACGGAGCGUGUCGCAACGUGGCCGGGUCCUUCAGCUGCGAGUGCACACACGGCAGCAAGCUGGACUCCACCAACACCAUCUGCGUGGACAGUAUGAAGAGUACGUGCUGGCUAACGAUACAAGACAACCGCUGCGAGGUCAACAUCAACGGAGCCACACUGAAGUCUGAGUGCUGCUCCACAUUGGGCGCCGCCUGGGGCAGCCCCUGUGAACCCUGCGAGAUCGACACCGCCUGCUCUCGAGGGUUUGCUCGUAUGAAGGGCCUUGUCUGUGAAGACAUUAAUGAGUGUGAGGUGUUCCCUGGAGUGUGUACAAAUGGCCGGUGUGUGAACACCCAGGGCUCGUUCCGCUGCGAGUGUGCUGAGGGUCUCACCUUGGACAGUUCUGGACGCACAUGUGUGGAUAUGCGUAGCGAGCAGUGCUACAUGAAGUGGCACGAGGAUGAGUGUGGCCAGCCACUGCCAGGGAGAUACCGUGUGGACAUGUGCUGCUGUUCAGUGGGUGCUGCCUGGGGUAUUGACUGUGAGGAAUGUCCCAAAACAGGCACACCUGAGUACAGAGCCAUCUGUCCCAGAGGGCCCGGCUUUGCCAACAGAGGAGAUAUUCUGACCGGCAGGCCGUUCUACAAAGAUGUAAACGAGUGUAAGGUUUUCCAGGGUCUGUGUACUCAUGGAAAUUGCCGAAACACCAUCGGUAGUUUCAAGUGUCGCUGCAACAAUGGCUUCGCUCUGACCGCAGAAGAGAGGAACUGCACAGACAUUGAUGAGUGCCGCAUCUCCCCGGACUUGUGUGGUCACGGUGCCUGUGUCAACACACCUGGCAGCUUUGAGUGUGAAUGUUUCGAGGGCUACGAGAGCGGCUUUAUGAUGAUGAAGAACUGCAUGGACAUUGACGAGUGUGAGAGAAACCCCCUGUUGUGUCGUGGAGGAACCUGCCUGAACACAGAAGGGAGUUAUGAGUGUGAAUGUCCCACCGGACACUCGCUCAGCACCGAUGGAUCUGCCUGUGAAGAUGUGAAUGAAUGCCAGCUGAGUGACAACUUGUGCAAGAAUGGCCAGUGUGUCAACAUGCCGGGAACCUACCAGUGCUCCUGUGACACCGGUUACCAGGCCACACCGGACCGACAGGGCUGUGUUGAUAUUGAUGAAUGUACCAUUAUGAACGGAGGCUGUGAAACCCACUGUACCAACUCAGAGGGCAGCUAUGAGUGCAGCUGUAGUGAGGGCUACGCUCUUAUGCCUGACCUCAGGACCUGUGCAGAUAUUGAUGAGUGUGAGGAGACUCCAGACAUCUGUGACGGAGGCCAGUGUACCAACAUUCCCGGGGAAUACCGCUGUCUAUGUUACGAUGGCUUCAUGGCUUCUAUGGACAUGAGGACGUGUAUCGAUGUGAACGAGUGUGACUUGAACCCAAACAUCUGUCUCCACGGCGACUGCGAGAACACCAAAGGCUCCUUCAUCUGCCACUGUCAGCUGGGAUACUUUGUCAAGAAGGGAUCCACGGGUUGCACAGAUGUUGAUGAGUGUGAGAUCGGGGCUCAUAACUGCGACAUGCAUGCUGCCUGUAUCAACGUGCCUGGAAGCUUUAAAUGUCGCUGUCGAGACGGCUGGGUGGGAGACGGCAUCAAGUGUCUCGAUCAGGAUGAGUGCUCUGCAGAGGACCACAACUGCAACCCCAAUGCAGACUGUGUCAACACACCAGGAUCCUACAGGUGUACAUGCAAGGAGGGCUUUAAUGGAGAUGGAUUUUCUUGCUCUGAUAUGGAUGAGUGUGCAGACAACGUGAACCUGUGUGAGAACGGCCAGUGUCUGAAUGCUCCAGGUGGCUACCGCUGCGAGUGUGAGAUGGGCUUCACUCCAACAGAAGACAGCAAGGCCUGUCAAGACAUUGAUGAGUGUAAUUUCCAGAACAUCUGUGUGUUUGGAACGUGCCAGAACCUUCCAGGGAUGUUCCGCUGUGUGUGUGAUGAUGGUUACGAACUGGACCGCAGUGGAGGAAACUGCACUGACAUCAACGAGUGUGCUGACCCUGUGAACUGCAUCAACGGGCUGUGUGUGAACACUCCAGGGAGCUACCUGUGUAACUGCCCAACUGACUUUGAGCUCAACCCCACCGGAGUGGGCUGCGUGGAUACCCGUGUUGGCAACUGCUUCCUGGAUAUCCUUGCACGUGGUGAUGGAGGAAUCUCCUGCAGUGCGGAGAUCGGAGUGGGCGUGACACGAGCUUCCUGUUGCUGCUCCCUGGGAGGAGCCUGGGGAAACCCCUGUGAACUGUGCCCCGCCGCCAACUCCACGGAAUAUAAGACUCUUUGUCCAGGAGGAGAGGGAUUCAGACCCAACCCCAUCACUGUUAUCCUUGAAGAUAUUGAUGAGUGCCAGGAGCUGCCAGGACUCUGCCAGGGUGGAAACUGUGUUAAUACCUUUGGUAGUUUCCAGUGUGAGUGUCCAGCAGGCUACUAUCUCAACGAGGAGACUCGCAUCUGCGAGGAUAUCGAUGAGUGCACAACCCACAUUGGGAUCUGUGGACCUGGUACCUGCUACAACACUCUGGGCAACUACACCUGUGUGUGUCCCCCUGAAUACAUGCAGGUCAAUGGAGGAAACAACUGUAUGGACAUGAGGAAGAGUGUGUGUUACCGUAACUUCAACGACACGUGUGAGAACGAGCUGUCCUUCAACAUGACCAAGAAGAUGUGCUGCUGUGCCUACAACGUGGGAAAAGCCUGGAACAAGCCGUGUGAGGCCUGUCCAACUCCUGCUACCACUGAGUACCAGUUACUGUGUGGUAACCAGGCUCCUGGCUUCAUCAUUGACAUCCACACUGGAAAGCCAAUUGAUAUUGAUGAGUGCAGGGAGAUCCCUGGUAUCUGUGCCAAUGGAGUGUGUAUCAACCAGAUCGGGAGCUUCCGCUGUGAAUGUCCAAUGGGCUUCAGCUACAACAACAUUCUGCUCAUUUGUGAAGAUAUUGAUGAGUGUAACAGCGGGGACAACCUGUGCCAACGCAACGCCAAUUGUAUCAACAUUCCCGGCAGCUACCGCUGCGAGUGCUCACCUGGCUUCAAACUGUCGCCCAGCGGGGCCUGUGUGGACCGCAAUGAGUGCCAGGAGAUUCCUAAUGUAUGCAGCCAUGGAGAGUGUAUUGAUACGCAGGGAAGCUAUCGCUGUCUCUGCCACAAUGGCUUCAAGGCUACUGCUGACCAGACCAUGUGCAUGGACAUUGAUGAGUGUGAUAGACAGCCAUGUGGUAACGGUACCUGUAAAAACACAGUAGGAUCCUACAACUGCCUCUGCUUCCCUGGCUUCGAGCUCACACACAAUAACGACUGCAUGGACAUAGAUGAGUGCAGUGCCCUCCAGGGCCAAGUGUGCAGGAACGGACAGUGUAUCAAUGGACUCGGGUCCUUCCAGUGUCUCUGCAAUGAGGGUUAUGAGAAUACUCCGGAUGGGAAGAACUGUGUCGAUAUCAAUGAGUGUGUGAGUCUGCCCGGCACUUGCUCUCCCGGAACUUGUCAGAAUCUGGACGGAUCCUUCAGAUGUAUCUGCCCUCCUGGCUAUGAGGUGCAAAAUGACCAGUGUAUAGAUAUCAACGAGUGUGAGGUGGAGCCCAACAUCUGCCAGUUUGGCACCUGCACCAACACCCCCGGCAGCUUCCAGUGCACCUGCCAGCCAGGCUUCAUACUCUCUGACAACAAACGGCGCUGCUACGAUACCAGAGAGAGCUUCUGUUUCACCAAAUUCGAGGCAGGAAAAUGCUCCGUCCCCAAAGCUUUCAACACCACCAAGGCUAAGUGCUGCUGCAGCAAGAUGCCUGGCGAGGGCUGGGGACUUCCCUGUGAGCUGUGCCCACGAGAGAGCGAGGCUGCUUUUGACACUCUGUGUCCCUACGGCCACGGAGUCCUGCUUGGACCGAACGAAGGUGCUCGCGAAGAUAUGAAUGAGUGUCUGGAUAACCCAGGCAUCUGCCAGAAUGGUAUCUGCAUCAACACAGAUGGUUCAUUCCGCUGUGAAUGCCCCUUUGGAUACAACCUGGAUUACACUGGAGUCAAUUGUAUUGACGCUGACGAGUGCUCCAUAGGAAGCCCAUGUGGAAAUGGAACCUGUACUAAUGUGGUGGGAGGUUUCGAGUGUUCGUGCCAGGAGGGCUUUGAACCUGGACCCAUGAUGACCUGUGAAGACAUCAACGAGUGCUCCCAGAAUCCUCUGUUGUGUGCCUUCCGGUGUGUUAACACCUUUGGUUCCUAUGAGUGUAUGUGUCCUGCUGGCUAUGUGCUGCGAGAUGACCAACGCAUGUGCAGAGACCAGGAUGAGUGCUCAGAGGGUCUGGAUGACUGUGACUCCAAGGGUAUGACCUGUAAGAACCUGAUUGGCACCUUUAUGUGUAUCUGCCCUCCUGGCAUGCAGCGCAGACCAGAUGGAGAGGGCUGUAUGGACCUGAACGAGUGCCGUGCCAAGCCUGGCAUCUGUAAGAACGGGCGCUGUGUCAACACAGUGGGAAGCUACCGCUGCGAGUGCAAUGACGGUUUCGAUCCGAGCUCCACUGGAACGGAAUGUAUUGACAACCGAAAGGGCUACUGUUACACCGAGGUUCUGCAGACGAUGUGCCAGCAGUCAUCCACCAGCAGGAGCAGUGUGACCAAGUCUGAGUGCUGCUGCAACAUGGGCCGAGGCUGGGGAUCACAGUGUGAGCUUUGCCCGCUGCCUGGCACCGUACAGUACAAGAAGAUGUGCCCACUUGGACCUGGCUACACCACGGACGGUAGAGACAUCAACGAGUGCCAGGUGAUGCCAGAUCUGUGCCGGAACGGUCAGUGCAUCAACACCAUCGGAUCCUUCCGCUGUCACUGUAAUGUGGGCUACAAAACUGACUUCACUGCAACCUCCUGUGUUGAUAUGGAUGAGUGCGCUCUCUCUCCGAAGCCCUGUAACUUCUUGUGUAAAAACACAGAGGGCAGCUACCUCUGCUCCUGCCCCAGAGGAUACAACCUACAGCCAGAUGGAAAGACUUGCAAAGAUCUGGAUGAAUGUUCGACUAAGCAGCAUAACUGCCAGUUCCUCUGUGUCAACACCAUUGGAGGCUUCACCUGCAAGUGUCCUCCUGGCUUCACACAGCACCAGACCGCCUGUAUCGACAAUAAUGAGUGUGCUGCUCAGAACAGUGCAUGUGGUUCCCGGGCCUCUUGUGUCAACACGCCUGGUAGCUUCAACUGUGAAUGCUCUAAAGGCUUCUCGUUGGACACCACAGGCAUGGAGUGUGAGGAUGUGGAUGAGUGUGGCAGUAACCACCGCUGUCAGCACGGCUGUCAGAACAUGCUGGGAGGUUACCGCUGCGGCUGUCCUCAGGGCUACGUGCAGCACUACCAGUGGAACCAGUGCGUGGAUGAAAACGAGUGUCAGGCAGCAACAGUGUGUGGCUCUGCCUCCUGCUACAACACACUGGGCAGCUUCAAGUGUGUGUGUCCCUCUGGCUUUGACUUCGAGCAGGGUGCUGGUGGCUGCCAAGAUGUGAAUGAAUGUAGCACAGGCAGCAACCCCUGUAUCUACGGCUGCUCCAACACCGAUGGAGGCUACCUGUGUGGCUGUCCUGGAGGUUUCUACAGAGCCGGACAGGGUCACUGUAUAACAGGCUCAGGUUUCCCAAGCCAGUUUGUGGAGGGUGAGGAGGAUGAGAGUCUGUCACCUGAAGCCUGCUAUGAGUGUAAGAUAAAUGGAGGAGGAAAGAACGGACGACACAAACGCAAUGCUGAUGAAAAUGAAAUCAACCAGGAUUCAGCAGUGAGUAUGGCCAGUGUAGACACCCAGGACGCCAUCUUCAUGAAUCUUUCUCUGCCCUUGCUGCUUAACAAGGAGCCUCUACUAGAGCUUCUGCCUGCCCUGCAGCCCCUGGAGAACCACGUACGCUAUGUCAUCACCCAUGGUAACGCUAAUGAACACUUUCGCCUGCUGGAACGCCGAGAUGGAAAGAGUGUGCUCCGGCUUGGCAAGAGGCCGCCUCCACCGGGAUCCUACCGACUAGAGAUCGCCAGUCUGCGGCUGUUUGGGCCCCGAAGACUACACCAGCUGGAGGAGCAGCACGACAGUGACUACCUACAAGGGGAAAUAGGAGACGCCCUGCGUAUCAAGCUCCACAUCCUCCUGCACUGAGCUCAGAGUGCGCUCGCAAUCCUGUCCUGGACUGAUUCCUAAAGCCUUUGAGUUUUAACCUGCCCUUUUAUCCAAUAACUUCUCCCCGCCAGCUCCAUCCUGCAGGACCAUCCCCACCAACAGGGGGUAAUCAAGGGCUAUGAAAGACUGAGUCAAUCAGCCCAACUCUACCACCACUUUGUUACUGUUUAUGUUAUUAUAUGUUCAUGUUUUGUGUUUUGUUUUUUCCCCUGACUACAUUUCCUCUUGCACCCCUCCACUUGUACCCAACCCAGCACUCAUUCUCAUUCCACUGAGAGAGCCAGUGGAGGAGAUGGCAGAGAGGUGCCCUAGUGCUUGGACCAUAGCCCCUUAAUAAAGACAAAAUGGCAGACAGAUGGGCCAUGAAUCACUUUUGUAGACAAGCAAAACAAGAAAUUAUACAGAAGAGGGGUUUUUAUUAGUUAUUAGGUGCUGAGAGUGGCCAAAACUAUCUUUAUGCAACAUGUAUGGGAGUAUUUAAAUCACAGUGCAGGAUCUUAAGUGAUGUCUUUUUGUUCAGUGUUAUAAAGAAGUGAUAUUAAGGCUAAAGAUAAGGGGGUUGGGUGCCAUCAUGGUGGUCCAAGGACUUUCUCACCUCUCUGUGAUCUUGGUUAAAAUCACAACACUGGGGAAAAAGGUUUGUCACAUCCGCCCCUCUCAGUAAUGUAGUGUGUCAUUUAAUGUAUUUGUGCUGUUUGAAUAAUGUUAACACGAAGGACUGCAACAUUUACACAGCAUUUCAGGUUCUUUAGUCCGUAGCGGUCUGUUUUAUAGCUGGAUGCCAACCAAUUUUCAGACGAGAAAACAGCAAGCUGUGUUCUGCUCUGAUGCGACUGACUUUUGUCCUGCCUGUGGGCAGCGGCAAGCAGGGAUUAGCGUGUUUUCGUGUGUGUGCUGUCAUGUUUAGUUACCUCAGUACUUCUCAGCGAGUAUGGACACCAUGCUGUGAUGCUAACUUUAAAACAAAAGAGGGUGCUAGUGUCGCUCAGCAUCCAUCAUGAGCAGGGAAUACACCAGUUAGUAGCUCGUAGACUUAAAAGAAGAUAGAUCAGGUCACGUUUGUAUUUGUCCUUGUAGGGAUUAAGACUUCAGGUGCACUGAUUCUGGACCUGAGAGCCAGCUUUUUCCCUUGUCGGCUGUCAGAGGUUUGUAGCUUCUCCUGGUUCUGCAUUUCUACGACAAACUCCUAAACAUAAAUACUUUAGGAGAAUAGAGCUGCAGCUGACAGCCGGUGUUGGGAGACUGAAUUUGACAAUAAGCUGACUUUAUCUGACUUCUUUGACUUUACCGUGAGCUUGAUGUCUGAGGUCUGAGCCUCGUUUACAACACAAAGAGACACACAGCUGAAUACAGUAACAGUCUCAAAGGUACAUGACAUGUUAACAUUACUUAAGCUGUAACUAAAGGUGGUGCUUUACAGUGUAAGGGCACGCACAGGUGAACACGAAACCUCACAAAAAAACAAAUAUCUGUCAGGUCAUCUUUCAUUUCUCAUAAUUUUUUUUCUCUCAAAGAGAAAAAGGGUGCUAGAUAAUACCAUCUCUUACGCUGUACAAAUAAAGUGCAGUCUUGAAUCUGGAUUGCAAAAGUGACUUCAUUUUUUUUUUGCUAGGAUUUAUUGUUGUUGUUUAUGUCUGUCUUUUGUAUUGUCUCAGUGCUGAAAAAACAAUAUUAUCAAACUUGCUUCUUGAAAAUUAAAUUGUAUAUUUUUAAGUGAAAUGUAGAUGUUUUUUUUAAAUGUCAAGGCUGCCAAAAUGAAUACUCACAGUAAACCCAAGAUUGAAGGCCUUUAGUGCUGUUGACUUUGUUUUGUUGAGAAAAAAAGAAGCAAAACAAAAAAAUGCUAAUGCAGCAUUGUAUUUGUUGACUGUAUUGUUUGAAACCACUGUCACCAGUCAAAUCAGCCAUUAGCAAAAUCAAAACACAUCAGACUUUAAGGUAAUUAACAUUCCCAUCAUCUAUAAGCUCACACAAACUUACACUGUCUGUACAAUGCCAUAGGGAUCAAUGCAAACUUGACCAUCUCCAGCUUGGAUCUAUGGUGCUAAACGAUCAUCUUUUUCUCUUAACAGUCAUGGUUGCUGCACUGUCCCACAGCCUAGGCAAUGUUUAUAAUACAUAACCAUUUUCUAACCUGGGAAACUUUGUAUACUUUGUAUCUUUAUUGUCAGAUUGUAAUUUUACUUUUAUUUGCCACUAUGUUUAAAAAAAGGCAGUGUGUUGCGUGUGCUUACUGUAUCUCAGCUUCAGUGUCAAACUUGAAACAAUACUGUCGUCAUCUGCUUGCAUUGAAAUAUGUGCUUUAUACUUUAUACUUUAGAAAAUAAGGAGCCUGUUUCAGUUGUUCAGAUGUUCACCAUAAGCCUAAGUCUAACUAACAGCUGAAAUGACAAUCAUCCAGUCACACCACAUCUGCUAGCUGUGGAUCAAUAAAUCAAUCAGCCAUCAUGAAACAUCUUUAAUAACCUGAAUGAUUAUCAUCUUUGUGCAAAGACAAAAACCAAAGAUUUCUGACACCAAAUGGCAGUCUGUAAAAUUAGAGUGAUUCACAUAAUAUUGUAAACUUUUGUCCAGUGACUUUAAUGGCAAUAAAGUAUUGUGGGUUAUAUUUUUAAA